ACUUGGCUCGGGAAGUAAAGUUCAUCCAGGAGUUAAGAUGGUUGGGUGAAGUGGGCCUAAAUCCCUGUUGCCGGUUUCUUAUUCUCGCCACAAUCCAUUUCUUGUUUCAAAAGCUUCUAUACUUCUUCCAGAGCUCUAAUGCCCUGAGCAGUGAGAACCCAACAUUCUUCCCAUGGCUGUCCACCUCCACUCUGCCUAACUUUCGAUACCAAAUCUUCUUGGCGGGUCUACUCAUCACCCCCUUCCUUGUAUCUCAACAUUGUCAAGCCUUCUUUGGAUAACCAUGCUUUGAGCGUUACAAGCAUUCGCUCGGGAUCUUCUCACCUUGGAACCCUAAUUGGGACGCCAGGCAUAAUCGAAUUCCCAUCUCCCCGGCAGAGAACGUUGCUAAAGUUCUGCCAACAUGCAUCAUUUGCAUUGCGCAACACGGAAGCUGUCUCGUUCGAUGCGAAUCGCUGGAACGCUUUGGUCAUUUUAAUUACUGCUACUGCCCUACGCCAUUGAUGUCUAUGCAAGCUUUACUUAAAAGAUCAGACGAUAGAUAAAUGCAGAUGCACCCCCUCUCUCUUUAACAUUUCUCCUUCCUUUUACCAUUUCAUCAACGGCUCUAAUCUGCAGUGGUUCAUUCAUACAACAAGUUGCCGAAAAAGUUUGGAAACAUUUUGGUCGUUGGUAAAUCGCAUAUUACCAAGGUAUGCAUUAUUCGGCUCUCACCUAUAUAACGGCAUUAUAUAGAUAAGUUUUCGAAACGCGCACAGUCGCAUCUGCUUUGUAAACAACGGUCAACAAAACCACAACAAGCGUUCUGGAAACCUAACGCGCUGCGGCAAUACUUCAACACCUUUUAGAAUUACCCCCAGCGACCUGCGAGAGCAGUUCGCUGUGGAGGAAUCCAUGUAUGUCUGGCUAUUCACGCCACAAUCCAGGGCACGAUCCUUAUAUCGAUUAUGCUGCUCAAUCCGAAGAACAUCCAGAGCGCGUUUACGGGUCGCAUCACCCAGAGCUCCAGCAAGUUGGUGCGCAAAGUCUCGAAUCCCUUCAACUGGGAGGGCAUCAUCAACAGCAACAGCAACAACAUCACCACCACCACCAAGUAUUGCUAGAUUCACACGGCAUGGCCCACCACCAGUCUCCUCAAUAUGGAGGUGGGCAACACAUCGGGUAUAUGGGUGCGCAAAUACAACAACCAUCUAGUGUAGGAAAAAGGCCAAGAACUCAUGACGACUUGGAAAUUGGGAUGGGAAGGGUGUCAGAAGGUCAAAUGCAUGGGCAGAUGCAAGGCAUGUCUUCACAAAUGGCUCAACAAACGAUGGGUGGUUAUGGUGGUGGCCCUCAGGCUUUUCACAGUCAUGCAUUGCCUAAUCAAGGACCUCGAGGUACGAAGAUUCCUCGUCUUGGCGAAGGUCCGGAUUCAAGUAUGAUGUCGCAAGGUGCACCUAGUGUAGUUGGCACUGCCGGAAUGCCGAUGCCUGCAGAAAGACCGCGAGGUCCAAAGUUAAAGUUCACUCCCGAGGAUGAUCAGUUACUAGUAGAUUUGAAAGAGAAUAAGGCUUUGACUUGGAAGCAGAUUGCGGAGUUUUUCCCAGGGCGCUCUUCAGGGACAUUACAGGUCCGCUACUGCACAAAAUUGAAGGCUAAGACAACUCAAUGGACUGACGAGACGGUUCAAAAACUUCGAACAGCGGUCCAUGAUUACGAACAAGAAAAAUGGCGCAUUGUGGCACAGAAAGUUGGGACCGGGUUUACAUCUACGGCUUGCAAAGAUAAAUGGACUGAACUGAUGCACCCCGAUGAUUCCGAAUUACAAUCACCAGAACCUGAAAAUCUACCCGAAGAUUCAGAAUAUUAACUUCACGCGGACCAAUUUUUGUCAAGUUUCUUUUGCAUCUCACCUACCCAUAAGCACAGACAUUGCAUACACAAUACUCCCUCAGCCAGCACAGCCGACUAGACUACCGACGCGACUCAGAUUUCGCAUUAUAUUUUCAUUUGUUGCACUACACACAUUUACACAUACCCAGCAUACAACAUUUCCUAUUUGAAAAUCCGAAAGCAAGAAGUUCACAAACUAAUACCGGAUAAAAGCGGCUGGAUCGCUUUUUGUCUCAUUCAUCUAUCUAUUCAUUGCUUAUUUCUGGACUUUAAUGGUCAACUACAUUCCCAUUUCCUUAUAUUUCGUUUCAGUCAGGAAGAAUAAAAGAGAGAAAGGAGGAGCACAUAUAUACAUGGAAACUUUCGAGAUUCGAAUACACAAAAAAAUACCAUUCAUGAUGAGAAAUGGAAGGGGCGAGAGGAAGUUGUAAUUGUACAAUUGGUGGGUUGGGGUUACAUAGGGUAGAUGGCUGAUGGAGUGAGAGGGGUGAGAGGGGUGAGACG